AUGGCUUCUCGUUUAGCUAGUGCAACCUUGGUGCGUCUCCCUCGUCAACUUUUAGCAGCCAAGCCUGCUAUUCGCACCAACUGUGUCCGCUCUUUUGCCACCACCAGCGUCAAGUUGCAAGCAUCAGAAAGAAAGUACGACCAAGUUUCAGCUGAUCCCAACUUCAAGUCUGGAAAUGACGACCUUCAUGAAUACGGCAAAUACCUCAUGUCCGUAUUACCCAAGUUUAUUCAACAAUUCAGUGUUUACAAGGAUGAAUUGACCAUCUACUGUGCUCCUACAGCCGUAUAUCAAGUCAUGCACUUUUUGCGUGAUCACAGCAAUGCUCAAUUCAAAUCUGUCAUGGAUAUUACAGGUGCUGAUUUCCCCACUCGCGAGAAUCGCUUCGAAGUUGUCUACAACCUUUUGAGCAUGAAAUAUAAUGGACGUAUCCGUGUAAAGACCUAUGCCAGCGAAACAUCUCCUGUUCCCUCUGUCGUUCCUCUCUUCAAUGCUGCCAAUUGGCAAGAACGUGAAACCUAUGAUAUGUUUGGUGUCUUCUUCACAGGACAUCCUGAUUUAAGACGUAUCUUGACUGAUUAUGGUUUCGAAGGCCACCCCUUAAGAAAGGAUUUCCCUCUUACAGGUUAUGUCGAAGUUCGUUAUGAUGAAGAAAAGAAGCGUGUUGUAUCCGAGCCUGUUGAAUUGGCCCAAGCCUUCAGAAACUUUGAAGGUGCACUUUCACCUUGGGAGCAAAAUGGUUCUGGUCGUGAUGAUACACCCAAGAAGAUUGAAAGCGAAGAGAAGAAAUAG